CUCGCUUAUUUAAAUGCGCAGUGCAGAAACUGUAGUAUACGACGGGGUAUGCUGUGCAACGUAUUGUCAGGAGUUCUUGUUGGGGGGUGGACCUAUAAGUUCUAGUGUUGCAAGUGCCUGGAAGAGCGCGAGCUCAAAAGCUCAGCCCCUCAUUGGAGGCGGUGACAAGGCCGCAUUUUAAUGAGCCAGCGGGCCAAUGGGAAUCGCCACUACAGCGUAGUGGAGCGAGAGAGCAGCCGCAGCCCGGCCCAGCCAAGCGCAGCGCAGCCCCAGACGCCCCCCGGCCCGCUGUCUCCUGUCUCCGGCGCACAGGGAGGAGACGCACAAAGAGAGGCCUGGGUGCCUGCGGAAAGCAGAAGACACACCAGUGAAGAGGCUCCUCUGGAUCACACCGCAACACACGCCUCCUGCAGUGUCAUCGUUGAGGUGAGAGAUGGAGCUGGAGCAUUUUGAUGAGAGGGACAAAGCGCAGAGGUACAACCGAGGGGGUUCACGGGCCAAUGGGCUGCCCAGUCCCACGCACAGCGCCCAUUGCAGUCUCUACCGGACACGCACCCUACAAGCGCUCAGCUCCGAGAAGAAGGCCAAAAAAGUCCGCUUCUACCGCAAUGGAGACCGCUACUUCAAAGGAAUAGUAUACGCCAUCUCAUCGGAACGCUUCCGGUCGUUUGAGGCUCUUCUGGCUGACCUCACCCGCGCCCUGUCUGAUAACGUCAAUUUGCCACAGGGGGUCCGCACCAUCUAUUCGAUUGAUGGCACCAAGAUCACCAGCAUGGAUCAGCUGGUAGAAGGUGAGAGCUAUGUUUGUGGGUCUAUAGAGCCCUACAAGAAGCUGGACUACACAAAGAAUGUCAACCCAAACUGGUCAGUCAACGUGAAGACCUCCACGUCCAGCCGAACCCCGACUUCUCUGGCCAGCGCCAAGACCGGAUCCUCGGAGACCCGGGAGAGCAAGGACUUCAUCAGGCCCAAGCUGGUAACGAUCAUCCGCAGCGGGGUCAAACCACGCAAGGCUGUGCGUAUCCUGCUCAACAAGAAGACUGCCCACUCCUUCGAACAGGUGCUCAGUGAUAUCACCGAUGCCAUCAAGCUGGAUUCUGGCGUCGUCAAGAGGCUCUACACCGUGGAUGGCAAACAGGUGACAUGCCUGCAGGAUUUCUUCAACGACGAUGAUAUCUUCAUUGCUUGUGGCCCAGAGAAGUUCCGCUACCAGGAUGACUUCUUGCUCGAUGAAAGUGAGUGCAGGAUGGUCAAGUCCACCUCCUACGGCCGGAUUUCCUCCAUGCAAGGGCGAAGCUCGCCCAGGGGGGCGGGACCGUCCCGAAGGAGCAAGUCCCCUGCCUCCACCGGCUCCGCUAAUGGGACACCAGGCAGCCAGCUGUCUACCCCCCGGUCAGGGAAGUCUCCGAGCCCUUCCCCCACCAGCCCGGGGAGUGCAAGAAGACGUCGGGGGUCCCAGCACAGUGGCUCCUCACUCUCUCUGGCCUCCACCAAGGUGUGCAGCUCAAUGGACGAGGGCGACGGUCCUGGCAGCGAAGCAGAAAUCAUGGACGAGUACCCUCAGGUGCCUGCCUAUAUCGCCGAGCGCUACAAGGUGGGCAGGACCAUCGGCGAUGGAAACUUUGCCGUAGUGCGCGAGUGUGUGGAGCGCUCGACGGGCAGGGAGUACGCCCUGAAGAUCAUCAACAAAGGAAAGUGCCGUGGGAAGGAGCAAAUGAUCCAGAAUGAGGUGUCCAUUCUCCGAAGGGUGAAGCACCCCAACAUUGUUCUGUUGAUUGAGGAGAUGGACACAUACAGUGAGCUGUACCUGGUCAUGGAGCUUGUCAAGGGGGGUGACCUUUUCGAUGCCAUCACUUCCACGAACAAGUACACGGAACGAGACGCCAGUGGCAUGCUGUACAACCUGGCCAGCGCUAUCAAAUACCUGCACAGCCUCAACAUUGUCCACUGCGACAUCAAGCCGGAAAACUUGUUGGUGUAUGAGCACCAGGAUGGCAGUAAAUCUCUGAAGCUGGGCGAUUUCGGUCUGGCUACGGUGGUGGAUGGCCCCUUGUACACCGUGUGUGGCACCCCAACUUAUGUGGCCCCAGAGAUCAUAGCUGAGACUGGGUAUGGUCUCAAGGUUGACAUCUGGGCAGCUGGAGUUAUCACCUACAUUCUACUUUGUGGCUUCCCCCCUUUCCGUGGGACCAGUGAUGAUCAAGAAGCUCUCUUUGACCAGAUCUUAAUGGGACAGCUAGAUUUUCCAUCCCCAUACUGGGACAGCGUUUCAGAUUCUGCAAAGGAGCUCAUCACCUGUAUGCUACAGGUGGAGGUGGACCAACGGUAUACAGCCCCGCAGGUGCUAGAUCAUCCCUGGGUCAAUGAUGAUGGCAUGUCAGAGAAUGAGCAUCAGCUCUCUGUAGCUGGAAAGAUCAAGAAGCACUUCAACACGGGACCGAAGCCCCACAGCACAGCGGCCGGAGUGUCCGUCAUAACAACCACCGCUCUUGAUAAGGAGAGGCAGGUUUUCAGACGAAGACGCCACCAGGAUGUGAGGCCAAUGCCACAUGCACCACAAAGCAGCCUCCAUGUUGCCUCCCCCUGCCCUGCCCCCGCUGACUUUACCUCCGAGUCUGAGGACUACUCCCCCAGCUCCGCAGAGACGGUCCGCUCACCCAAUUCACCUUUCUAGCCGCCCUUCUCCGCAACGAGGGGGUGGGGCCGGGCCGGGCCGGGCCGGGCCGGGCCAGGACAAGACAGGAGGCAAGGAGCAAAGGGAUUUCGGGAAGUACACCAAGAACCAACACUGUAUUUCAAGCACAGGGGAACACGUGAUCCGGUCUGUGUGACAAAUGCUUCCCAGUUACGGUGGAAUUUUGUCAAAUGCCAGUUAUUUGGUUAUGUAUUUAUUUGUGUAUUCAUACAUUUUUACACUGGUGCAAAUGAGGAGAUGAACGUUUACCUUUGGUCUUGACAGUUCUGAAAUUAAUGGAUGCUCAAGGCAACAUGUUGCUGGCAGCACAGGUACUCUCUUGUUUCCACACGUAGUCAGUUUUUCAUGUGCCAUGCUGCAGCCGCAAAGCUUGUAUGUCCUGGAACUGACAUUGUACGGACAGGCAGUAGGGCUCUCCUCUGCUUUCCUCUGCCUGUCUGCUGGGAAAGAGGGCAUGGAACUGAGCCCAGACGAAGAGUUUGUACGAGCUGCGCCCCGACUCGUAAGUUUUCUGGACCUGCAGACGAAAGCAGAAUGGCAUUUCGAUGCUGAAGUGCAGCCGUGAACAUACACGUCAGCAUUUCCCUAUAGUUAUUGCAGUGUCAAUUUACGUAAAGCAAUGUGGAGAAUGUUAAUGGUGAGUAGCAAUAGCUAUAUUCCUGUCACAGUAUUAUAUGAAUUCUCUACAUGGGGCAGCAGGUUAUGCGUGAACACGUUAACUUGUAACAUGAACAUGGCUGUUUCAAAAGUUUCUACCCCGCUACUGUUGCAGUACCUUUGAGCGCAGUACGUACCCUGAAUUUUUUCUGCAGUAAAAAUAAUUCACAUACUGUAAAUCACUUUUGAUGCUGUUAUUAUUAUUGUUAUAAUUAUUCUUACAAUUACAACUUCAGUGUUUCCCUCAAAAUUUUUGCUUUACUUCAUUUAUCAGCUUUCAGUAUAUUUUCCGGUUCGGCUCCCGACAACACUGUUUCCCAGUAUGUGGUUAACUUGUCACCCCCUUCAGUCCUUAAUAAAAGUAUAUAAAAAUGCUUAUUGAACUGUCAAGCAGCACAUACUUUUGAAUUUUCAUUUUUCUUGUCUGUAGGUGAAUUCCUUGAGCUGACCAAUCCUAGCCACUUGUUUUCAUUUUUGUGGCACAGUUAGAAACAGAUUUUGCUCAAAACACUAUAAUAUAAGCACACUAUGCAUAGUCAGAGCAAAUGCUAGAAUGCUUCCCCACCAAGUUGAAAAACUACAAAUGAAUAAAGAUCAACUGACCUGAUUAGCAGGAGAGUUGCAAAAAGGCUGUAAGACAACUGCCAAGUGUGUGUGUGUCCCCCAAAUAAUCUGUUAAUUUCUUUUCAUUCCUCAUCGGUACUUACCAAAUCAUGUGCAGAUGUUCUCGUAAAGUCAGUCUGCCUUGCAGCUCAUCUUGUAGCGCGAGUCUGACUGGGAUGGAAUCUGAAAACGUUACUUAACAUGAAUGAGCUUUAUGUUACAGUAAAUGGAGGCUGGAGAUAGAGGCACCUGUAUUCUGGGUCUUCACAGUGACAAGGACCAAUUUGUCUGGGGAUACACCACAGAGAUUAAUUUUAUGCAAAGUAUGGUGCACAUGUAGCAUUUUUAACUAUUGUAACAUUUUCUUCUCGUCUCUCGGACUCGUUGGAAUGCUGUCGUGUAAUUUAGGCUACUUGGUGCAAAAUGUCAAAGUGGACAUAAGGGUUAAAGCUCAACAAUUGUGUUUGAAGGUGAAUGUCUGUGUGUAUAUAAAUAUGAGCAGGAGAAUGUACUGUAAUUUAACAUGAGUCGUGUAUUGUUUUGGCCAAAAUUGUAGUUUCUGCCUCAAGAAAUGCUCUGGCUUUUUCUCUAGGAAAGUAAGACGCAUCUUGGAAAUGUAAAUUAUUACCGAUGAGACAUCCCAGUGAUUUUAAUGUGCUUUUUUUCCCUGGAAGAAAAUUCUCCUGUCUGCAAUAUUUUAUGCAUUCUGGAGGUGCUGCUCUGUUUGUUGCCGUCAGCCCGAGACCUCACUUUAGAGGAUUAUUGGGCUUCAUGAGUAUGAAGUCAUGAUGUAAUGUUGAGCUUCAUUUGUGCACAUCACCUUACUUUAUUGGAAACUACCUCUUUGAGUUUGUCAUUUGUUCCUUAUGUGACAAGCAGUAUAGUGGCUUUUCAGAAGCUAAACUUGAGAAUUUUGAUUUAGGGCUGGUUGUAAACUGAACCUCAUGUUUACACCGAGUUUCAGAAUGUUCGACAUGGCAACUUUGUCUGUAUUGUUCCUACUGUAUCUGUUAAAACCAUUUCGCUGUCUCGACUUGUUGAGAACAAUACAGCGAUAUACAUCUGGUGAAAUGAGUAAACUUCUCACACGACUGCCCUGUUUGUGCCCUAUUGAGAUUUUAGGCACACUUCCCAAAUGGCAACGGAACGUGCUUAGAAUGUAGUUUUUACAAUUUAUUGAUGCUGCAUAGGCGACACUGCGUUGAGUCAGAGGAUCCACAAAUCUGUGCAGUGUUCCAUAUGAACAUGUGUGAAAGGUUUCACACCCUUACUGCAGUGGUGUGGUUUCUUAAUGUUUAUAUCAGCCUUACAUGAAUGCGUGCAGUGUGGACCCACUGUUCACUUUCUUCUUUGGAGUCGAACGGUGAAACCUGCCAUUUAUUAGCAUGAUUUUCCAGGGCUGCUUUGUGGAUGAUGAAGAGGCAUUAGUGCGGUGUCCAGAUUUUGGCUUGAUUUAUGGCAGCAGACAGAGAUGUCUCUGUUCUGGUACUGCUGUCUCCCGACUUUGCCUCUGUUGUUCCUUUUGUCGGACACUCCCACGCCGUUUCUAUGCCGUGCGCAUAUUCUGUUAUGCGGAAGCCUCUGUGGACAUUGUGCUUCCUGGCGAACAAAGUUAUGGGACUCCUAACUCUUUUCUGCAUGUGAAUGCUGUGUUAGAACAGUAUUGUCUUGUUUUUACUUGAUGUAUUUCUUAUACUUUUUUAACUCCUCUUUUUCCAUUUUGCUUACUUUGCAAUGUUCUUAAUUGCACUGCAACCAAAAAAAUACAAGUACCUGUAAAAUGUGUGUUGUAAAGGGUUGGUUGGAAUUUUGAAUCUCGAAUGUUUCAAUUUGCCUUCUCUGAGUCCUUCAUGAACAUCAUAAACGGUACAGUGACUAAGGUCCCGUAGGGUAUUUGACCCCAUACUUUGGAAUCUUAUAAAACAAACCUGAAACCAGUACCAUGGUGAACAUCGUGGGGUCACGGGAUUGACCCGGAAGCACAAACAGCAUGUAGCUGCUCUGGCUUUGCUAUAUCAUCUCCUCUCUCCUUGAAGCAACAGCUUAUUUUGAUGUACCUUUCAGAAGGCAAAUAAUACAUAAAUGUGGCUAUCCACAGUAAUUCUUUCAUCCAAGGCUGUUUAAGUUGAUAAGGGAUAUUUUAUCUUCUACUAAAAGACAUUUUUCCAAAAGUAAAUAGACCUACCAAAAUUUGUGUUUGUGAUAAGGGUGAGGUGGACUAGACUGGGUGGGAUGGGAAUGGAUCAGAGCACAGUAUUGAGUGAAAAGCACAACUAAGGUAAAACAGGUUGAUGUGUUGCAUUUUUCAGGAAUGGGAUUUUCAUGUCAAUAAACCCAUUGCAAGCUUGUUGUACAGACAUACAGUAUACAUUACUCCCUCUGUUUCUGCCAACCUGAAAAAUGUUUAAUUCAGGUGAAAUGUUGUUUGACUGUGGUGCAUCCAGCAGCAAUUCAAACCUCUAAAUAAAGGGUUUCCUGAAA